AUGACACAGAUGCGUAAACAAUAUAGCAAACUAACAGGCUUCCCGCACAGCCCUGACAUUUUUCAUAAACCCUCUCCCACAAUUUCCCCUCCUCCUAGCUUCUCCCUUCUUCACAACAUCCUCCGCCUUCUCCCAACUCCAAAUCUCCCACCUCUACUGGGGUCUAUCAUACUUACCUGCCUCUGGUGUCCACUGGACUUCGGGGCAGGUACCUAUGCACCUCCCACAACCAAGACAAGCUCGGUAGGCCCUACUCUCCUCCUCGCCCAAGCAGUACGUCUCUUAUCAGUCCUCGCAGCAAGAUCUGAGCUACAAUGGCUCACCCUCACGGGUUGUUCAACUUUGCGAGAUUUGAGCUACACUAGCUCACCCUCAUGCAUCGCUAAAGUUUGGUUGAAAGCCACCCUCAGAGUGGUCAUUAGUGCCCAGCCUUGCGUUCCCGAUAUGCUUGUCGAGGUGAAGUCCAAGAUCAAGUCCUUCAAGUUAGUGGAUCACACAGAUGGUCGCGGCUUGGUUGCAAACGUCUCUCACUCCCACCCAGGGGGUGAGAAGCUGGUUUGGCAGACUGAAGCAAGUCCCUAUGUUUCGUCUACUCCUGGUAGUCUGAGCUGUCGGAGUGGCCGGUUUCCAUGGGGUACUAAGGGCCAUCUUCCUCAUCGGCUAGACUAG